AUGAUUCGAGGAAGUGAAGGAAUAACGAAUAAUUCCAUGAACAGAGUAAUAAUGGAGGAUUUCGUUGUGAUCAAAGUGUCCCAGAAUGGACAUAUCACAACGACACGACCGAGGAGCGGGAAGAAGAAAACUUGCGACCGUCCAGCAAGUCGGACGACGCCCCGUGUUCCUGUCUUCUCAGGAAAUCAGGUGCACGGAGACAGACCGUACAGUCGAACUACGGGCCGUUCAUCUCCCAUCCGUUUGUAUGCUAAAAGUCCAACCAUCAUUAGCGAACGGGUAUAUAGUGCCUACGCCAGGAGUCGCCCGUCAACUGGGAAAACUAUGCAAUCAAAGAGCCACACCAUGACGUCAGCAGCCAGAUCGGAGCGGGAAACCAGCUCCAGCUUCCGUUCCAUUGAUCCCGCUUUCAUUGAGGUCAGCAAGGACGUCAUGGGAGUCAGUAUUUGGAGAAUUGAGAAUAAGAUAAAAGUGGUUAAGAUAGAUGAAAAUGAGCACGGCUUUUUCCACGAGGGAGCAGCAUAUGUCGUGUUAAAGAUUGAUGCCGAAGAGAUAACUUCCUUACACUACUGGUGCGGGCUGGCGUGUCCAGAGGCGGAAGCUAAAUUAAUAGAACAAAAGGCACAUGAACUCGACAGAAUCCUUAACUAUUCUACACUGUUCUCUAAAGAGACCCAGAAUCAUGAGUCAACAUGUUUCCUCCGACUUUUCCCAGAAGGCGUGAUAUACAUUGAGAAUAAACCAAAGACAACGGUCAGCAGAGCGGCAGCAUAUAUCAAAAGGAUGUACCGAGUGAUGGGCCGGAAGUACAUCCGAGCUGUUUGUAUGGAACCCUCUCUCAACGCUCUGGAUUCUACCACUGCCUGUAUACUGGAUGGACAUCCAAGGAUGUAUGUGUGGGUGGGAAUGGACUGUCCCUACAGUACUAGGUUAAGGGCGAUCAAUUUAGCGAAGAAAUUCCGGAACAUGCAAAGGAAGGGAAUCGCACAUAUAAUAGUAAUAGAUGAGAAAGACGAAAGUAUGAAUAUGGCCUUCCGAAAAAAGCUUCCUAAUGGUCACACUUCAUUGACCAACGGUGAUACCCCAUUAGUGGAUGAUGACCACACAGAACCCGGAACUGUUUCAGCAAAGGGGACAAGGAAUACUGUACUUCAUAGAGUGAGUGGAGGAAAGGUCAUGUAUGACAUGCCAGAGGCUUCACGCUGUCCUCUAUACCACAAAUACCUCGUCCGAAGGGAUAGCUACCUAUUAGAUCGAGGUCCAAACGCUCCAAUGUAUGUAUGGGUUGGACAUGAAGCGACUGAAGGAGCAAUUAGUCAUGCUUUAUUACGUGGCAAGGCAUUCUGUGAGCAUCGGAACUAUCCAUCAACAAUAACGGUGUGUCGACUGAGGGAGGAUCACGAACCGACAGAAUUUAAGAAAAACUUCUUUGAUUGGCGUGAAACAGAUACCAAACGUCGACAACUGACGAAAAAAUACAGUAUUGGAAAUAUAGAACGAGCUUUGUUCUCCACGAAAGAUAACAGGACAGUGGCUAAGAUGAACGAGCAUUGGUCAGAUGAUGUGUUUCCGGACGGUGACCCAGAAACGGAGGUCUGGCGCGUGGAUGGGGACAAAUUGGAACAGGUGCCGUGGGACCAACAUGGGGUGUUUGUGAAUGGACAGUGUUACGUGAUCAGACAUCGGAUUACAGAGGCGGAGGACAGUGUACAUACCCUUCUGUACUACUGGCUGGGAUCAAAAAGUCCAGAGAGUGUUCAACAAACAACUACAGAUCUGGUAUUGGACAUGAACAGAACAGUAGGAUACAAGUGUGUUUUAAUACGAGUUUUGGAUGAAAAAGAACCUCCUCACUUUAUGUCCACUAUACAGAAUAGUAUUCUAGUGUAUGAUCAGGAUGUCCAGGACAACCCUACAGAUCGACAAAUGUUCUGUGUCAGAGAGUUAGAAAACGGCAGUAUGAGGGUACAACAGGUGCCGGCUUCAUCUGAAUGGCUUAAUACAUCGGCGUCUUUCGUUGUGAUGACGUCAUCCGGGUGCUAUUUAUGGUUUGGAAAGAAAUCAGGAGGUCCUGAACGAGAAUAUGCCAAGAACUUAUUGGGAUUCCUCAAUCCGUCAAGAAUGUACACUUUUGAAAUUGCGACCGAAGGUAAAGAGGGUAAUGCGUUCUGGCAUAUGAUGGGACCAGAGGCAGAUCAUCCCAAGGACUUCACAGAAGAUAAAAUGGAACGCCGGCCUCCCCGAAUGACUAUCUGUCAUGUUGGCCAAGACUCCCAAAAUAGAUUUCAUGACAUCGACAACUUUACACAACAGGAUCUAACGGACUCGGAAAUGUUCAUUCUCGAUACCUUUGAUCUGGUGUACUUAUGGAUAGGAUCCUCGAUGGACGAUGUUGUCAGAUCUCAAGCAUACAAUAUCAUUAAGGCCUACAUGCGUAAGGAUCCUGCAGGACGUACCUUCGAUUCGGUACGUGUGUGGAUGACGUCACAAUACCACGAGUCUGAAACAUUUACGAAGUAUUUUAGGCGUUGGUCGAGUAAUGGAUACUGUGGGAAAGACAAAUAUGAAUCCUCUCGGAAAAGGAUCAGACAGGAAAACGCACAAAUAGAUGUAGAUCAACAGAUGGUAGACAAGUCACACAUGAACUAUCCGAAACAUGAUUACCGACUUCUCCUACGGGAAGAACAGCCAGAAGACAUCAUAGACCAGCACAGAGAGUUCCAUCUGACCGACAAACAGUUCUGUGACGUCAUGCGACAUAGCCGGCCUGAGUUUUACCGACUCCCUGAAUGGAAACAACAGCAAAUCCUACGAUCAACUCGUCUCGCAUAUAUACCCCCUACACCAACACCUCUCGCCAUCAGCACCCCGACCCCUCGUGAAGCGUGA